AUACAGACCCAAUGCUGACUCUGAACAGAUUACUAAACAGAUUUUGAGACCUGCAGAGGCUCAGUGGUGUGAUUAGCUGGAAAUAGAGGAGUGUCUUUAGCUGGUAAUACACACCCCUUCCUUCCACUGUUAAAAACCACCUGUCACCUGUGCUCCUUUCACUCUCAUAACAAUCAAGCAGCCUGAAAGGCUUCAGCGCCAUCAGCCAGCAUCCCUGUUAAGACCUGCAGAAGCCAGAUUCAGAGCCGGAGAAGCUGUCUGACCACAGCCAUGGAAGAGUACUUCUCUGCCAUCCACAAGAUGGAACAAGCGGUUAUGUUUCCCAGCCUCCUCAGAGGCGUCUACAUGGAACAGCAGGAUGACACAUCCACUGGUGAUUUUGGCAACAGGGACCUGUAUGAGUAUUACAUCCAACUGAAAUCCAUCAAACUUACAGUGGAGGGUAGACUGGAGCCUCUAAAUGAAAGCAAACACCAAAUCACCAGCAGAGAGGAAGUACAAGAGAACGAAGAAGAGGCCGAUCUUGAAGAACUGCUUUAUCAUCACUUUACAGGCUUGUAUCGUGUCCUGACCCAUCUGACCAGAAAAGCCAAUGCCCUGACCAGAAAAUACAAUGAAAUUAUAGGACAGAUCAACCAGAGUGAAAUGACGCAUACCUGGUGAAACAUCCACCAAUAACUUCAAAAGGACAAACUACCACCCCUGUGCUGCAUACAGUUGACAUCGUGCGGCAAGAACAACUGGUGAAUUACUUGACUGACACCAAAGAUGCUGGCCAUCUGAUCGCCAAUGGUUUUGUAAUAAGCAGAAUAAAUGUGAUCAUUCCUUGCUGUAACAUGAACUCAUUGUCCAUCUCAAAUACAUCACGUGCAUGUUAAUUUUCAACUACCUGGGCAAAAAUCAUUGUAUUAUGCUGCUGCUGCUGUGUGAGGUGAAAAUCAUGGGUAAGGUAAUCCUCUUUUCUUACU